GAUGAGUAUUUGGUGAUGUGUAGUUGUAUGGAGGAAGGUGAUGAAUUCCGGUUUUUGUUGGAGGAGGAAGGUGAUGAAUUCGGGUUUUUGUUGGAGGAAGGUGAAGAAGUGGGGGCGAUGGUGGUGGUGGUGGUGAAGAGGGGCUGGUGGAUGAGGAGGAGCCUGGUGGGUGAGCUCCACGCCCACGAAGCUGAAGGAGGGUGAAGCAGCAGCAGCUUAUCAGCCUUCUCGCACCGCAUCGCCGGUCACUAGUCUGAACUAAUUCCUCACCAGCUCGCCGCCUUCCACUCCCCCAGCGCCUUCAUGUAACCACACGCAAUCACAUGCUUUUGGCUCUCUCCUGGAUUGCCCCUCACAUGGUGCGAACCUGGAACGUUUUUAGUGCCACCCGCAGUGGAAAACCAUCCGUUCAAGUGUGGCCGUAGCUACCAAGGGAUGGAGGCAUUGAUCAGCGUUCCUUUCAGUACUGAAUCUGCAGUCACGUUUGUGAUCAUAGCCACAUUGUCAUGGUUGUGGAUUUUCCGUUGGCAGCAGCGGCACCGGUUAGCGCCCAAAGAGUGGCCCGUCAUUGGGGCGGCAGUAGAGACAAUUCGAAACUUCGACGACCUUCAUGACUGGGUCUUGUCAUAUUUUCAGAAAGGGAUCAAAACCUUUCGGGUCAAGUUUCCGGGGACCAUGUACACUUACACUGUCGAUCCCAAGAACAUUGAGUACAUCCUCAAGACCAACUUCGCAAACUUCCCCAAGGGAGACCUUUACCAUAAGAACAUGGAAACCCUACUCGGCGAUGGUAUUUUCAAUGCCGACGGGGAGGUGUGGCGCCAGCAGAGGAAGACAGCGAGCUUCGAAUUCGCGUCUCGGGUUCUCCGCGACUACAGCACUGUGAUCUUCCGGGAGAACGCGCUCAAGGUUGGGGACAUUGUCGUAGGAGCAAGCCAAACGCAUAAUGCUGUUGACAUGCAGGACCUUUUCAUGCGAUUGACGCUGGAAGGCAUCUGCAAAGUCGGUUUUGGCGUGGAGAUCGGAACACUGUCUCCCUCGUUACCAGCAAUACCAUUCGCGUCGAAUUUCGACAACGCGAAUGAAGCAGUGACGUACCGGUUUUUCGAUCCCUUCUGGCGUCUGAAGCAGUUGUUCAAUAUUGGCAACGAGGCGGUGUUGUCACGCAGCGUAAAGGUGGUAGACGAUUUCACGUACAAUGUCAUCCGGACUCGCCGUGUGGAGCUGCAGUCGACCGAGGGCGAAAACAAGAAAGCCGAUCUAUUGUCCCGUUUCAUCUUAUUGGGAGAAGACCCUGAGCAGAAUUUCACUGAUAAGACUCUACGAGAUAUCAUCCUCAAUUUUAUCAUUGCGGGGAGAGAUACAACGGCAGCAACGUUGUCGUGGUUCUUUUACCUGUUGGGGAACCACCCUCGCGUUGCCGACAAGAUUUAUGACGAGCUUCAUGCUCUCGAUGAUGAUGCAAACGUUAAUAAGAGCCAAUCUCUGAACCAGGAGAUGUCAGAAUAUGCAACCCAACUGACAUAUGACGUUCUCCUGAAGCUACAAUAUCUUCAUGCCGCCAUCACGGAGACCAUCCGGCUCUACCCAGCUGUACCCCAGGAUCCAAAAGGGAUAUUAGCUGAUGAUGUUCUUCCGGACGGGACAGUGUUGAAGAAAGGAGGGCUAAUCACGUACGUUCCAUAUUCCCAGGGCCGGAUGAAGGACAUUUGGGGUGAGGAUGCCGAAGAUUUCCGGCCUGAGCGCUGGAUCAAGGACGGCGUGUUCACCCCUUUGUCGCCAUUCAAAUUCAGUGCAUUCCAGGCUGGCCCUCGGAUCUGCCUGGGGAAGGACUCGGCAUACCUGCAAAUGAAGAUGGCUUCUGCACUUUUGUGCCGGUUUUUCAAGUUUGAAUUGGCGCCGGGCCACCCCGUAAAGUAUCGCACCAUGGCCACAUUGUCUAUGCAGCGCGGCGUGAAAAUGUAUGUGACCAGGCGUUGAUGGAUUGGAAGGGUACGCUACCCAGCAGCGGCUCUCGACCCUCUCUCAACCUUGAGUUUUGUUUUUUGUUCGUGUAAAACGUCUAAUUAGGCAGUCAUUUGUCGCAUCUGUAGAAACUUAGUACUCAUGAAUUGUAGCAAAAGGUAAUCAGAUAUAAUCCUGAAUUGACAUGAAUGAUGAGUGCACAGUGAUGACGAAGGUUCCAGACAUCCUCAAUUAAUUUGAACAUACUCGACAAAUCUAGACGGAAUCCAAACUUCAGUGUACGACAGUGAUAAAGAGAGUGAGUCAAACUAUAGGAAUCAAAAAACCUGCCACCUUCAACAUUGUAACUGCAUCUCCAAUUGUAUAUGUACUUUAUUAAAUGGUGACUUAACAUUUAGAAAAA